AUGGCUGGAAAGCCAAAUAAGGGGAGGAAUCGUAAAGUGUCCCAGCAGGGUGCUAUGAAUUCUUCAGAGCAGGCCAUCUCUUCUGAUGCUCCUUUGAGUGAUAGUUCGAGAACUGCGCAGAUCAAUGGAGAUGGAAGCUUACAAGCGUCAACUGACACAAAUACUGAAGUGAAGGACCAGGGAAACUCAUCUGACCAGCAUCCAAGCAAACAAGGCGAUGCUCAUCUUUAUCCGGUUUCGGUGAAAACACUAGGGGGAGAGAAGCUUGAGCUCCAAUUGAGUCCUGGAGAUUCUGUAAUGGAUGUAAGGCAGUUUCUUCUUGAUGCACGGGAGACAUGCUUUUUCACGUGCUACGAUUUGUUAUUACACUCAAAGGAUGGUUCUAUUCAUCAUCUAGAAGACUACAAUGAUAUAUCUGAAGUUGCUGAUAUCACCAGUGGUUCCUGCUCGCUGGAGAUGGUUGCUGCAUUGUAUGAUGAUCGUUCAAUUAGAGCUCAUGUUCUUCGAACUAGAGAGUUGCUUUCUCCUUCAACGGUGCAUUCUUCGCUCUCGACAAUGCUUGCAUUACAACAUGAAACAGUGAAAAACGCAUCUGUAAAUUCAGGAGAUGCAAUGAAAGUAGAAGUGCCAGAACUCGAUAAAUUGGGAUUUAUGGGAAAUGGCUCACUCACAAAAUUAUUGUCACCACCCUCUAAAGAGAUUAACAGUGUUGAAAGUAUAGUUUUUUCUUUAUUCAAUCCUCCUCCAAGCCACAGAAGGCUUUAUGGAGACUUAAUAUAUUUGGAUUUGGUUACGCUGGAUGGAAAUAAAUAUUGUAUUACAGGAACAACCAAAACAUUCUACGUUAACUCAAGCACAGGAAACAUUCUUGAUCCAAGGCCAGCUAAAAACAAUAUAGAAGCAACAUCUCUUGUUGGACUUUUGCAGAAGAUUAGCCCUAAGUUCAAGAAAGCUUUUCGUGAGAUGUUGGAGCACAAGGCCCAAGCACAUCCCUUUGAAAAUGUCCAAUCAGUGUUGCCGCCAAAUUCAUGGCUGGGCUUGUAUCCCAUUCCUGAUCAUAAACGUGAUGCAGCAAGAGCAGAGAAUUCAUAUACUCUUUCCUUUGGAAGUGAGCUUAUUGGUAUGCAGCGAGAUUGGAAUGAAGAGUUACAGUCGUGUCGGGAGUUCCCGCAGACCACACAUCAGGAAAGGAUCUUAAGAGAUAGGGCGCUUUACAAGGUCACUUCUGAUUUUGUUGAAGCUGCAACUAGCGGUGCUAUUGGAGUGAUAAGUAGAUGUAUUCUACCUAUUAACCCAACUGACCCUGAGUGCUUUCAUAUGUAUGUCCACAACAACAUAUUCUUUAGUUUUGCCGUUGAUGCGGACAUUGAGCUAUUGACUCGGAAGCAGGUAUCGGAAGUCCACUCUAAACUCCAGGGCACAGCUUCUUCACAGGGUGAUACCAAGAUAUUGGGAAACAAUCUGUCGCAUUUGAAUGGCAAUCCGCCGCAUGUGGAUGUAUCAGCUAAUCCAAACAUGGAAAACACUAGUGGCACUGAUGCAAUUUCCCCUGACAUGCCUGCAGAGUCUCAGCUGGCUGAAAGUGAGCAAGCUACAUAUGCUAGUGCUAAUAAUGAUUUGAAAGGCACCAAGGCAUACCAGGAAGCUGAUGUUCCUGGCUUGUACAAUCUUGCUAUGACCAUUAUUGAUUAUAGAGGUCACAGAGUUGUUGCGCAGAGUGUGUUGCCUGGAAUCCUCCAAGGUGACAAGUCGGACUCCCUUCUCUAUGGAUCUGUUGACAACGGCAAGAAAAUUUGCUGGAGUGAAGAUUUUCAUUCCAAGGUACUAGAAGCUGCUAAGCGUCUUCAUCUGAAGGAGCACACUGUACUUGAUGGAGCUGGCAAUGUAUUUAAACUAGCUGCACCAGUUGAGUGCAAGGGCAUUGUUGGCAGUGAUGACAGACAUUAUCUUCUGGAUUUGAUGAGAGUCACUCCUCGUGAUGCAAACUAUACUGGACCGAACUCCAGAUUCUGCAUUUUGAGACCUGAACUCAUAUAUGGUUAUUGCCAUCAUGAAAAAGCUGAAGCUGCAAAGAUGUCGAACUGCGGUACUGAACUCGAGGACAAUUCUGUUUCUGAUUCUUUGGAUGUCAGCAGUGCAGGAAAAGUGGAGAAAACUGAGGAGCAUGCAGCAUCAGAAGCAUGUAACACACCGGAUGAUGAAAAUAGUGGGAAGCAGAGCCUUGAAGAAUGUGAUUCUCACUCAAGCAAUAAAGCUUCAAGAAAACAGAUAUUCUUCAAUCCUAAUGUUUUUACCGAAUUUAAGUUAGCUGGGAGUGAAGAGGAAAUUUCUGCGGACGAGGAAGAUGUGAGGAAAGCAAGUCUGUAUCUUACAGAUGUUGUACUGCCUAAAUUCAUACAAGAUUUGUGCGCCCUUGAUGUUUCACCAAUGGAUGGACAAACUUUAACCGAAGCACUCCAUGCACAUGGCAUUAAUGUUCGAUAUAUUGGAAAAGUUUCUGAAGGGGUUCGACAUAUGCCUCACUUAUGGGAUCUUUGUUCCAAUGAAAUAGUUGUCCGCUCUGCUAAGCAUGUUUUUAAGGGUCUUUUAAGGGAUACAGAGGACUAUGAUUUGGGGCUUGCAAUUUCACAUUUUUUCAACUGUUUUGUUGGGAAGGUUCAAUCUGUCUCUGGAACAGGCAUUGGAAACAGUUCAUCAAAAUCCCAGAAAAAGGAUCAUUCAGGCCAUCAUGCUUCCAGGAAGUCUCCUAAGGGACAAGCUAAGUUGAAAAAUGGGGGAUAUUUAAGGAAGAAAGAGUCUGUUUAUUUGAGUUUUACCACUGAUAGUUUGUGGUCUGACAUCCAAGAAUUUGCAAAACUCAAAUACCAGUUUGAGUUGCCAGAAGAUGCAAGGCAAGGGGUGAAAAAAAUUUCAGUUAUACGUAAUCUUUGCCAGAAGAUUGGAAUCGCCAUUGCUUCUCGCCACUAUGAUUUUGAUGCUUUGGCUCCUUUUGGAGUUUCAGACAUAUUGAAUAUCCAACCGGUGGUGAAGCAUUCAAUUCCAGUAUGUUCGGAAGCCAAGGAUCUGGUUGAAACUGGGAAAGCUCAAUUAGCAGAGGGAAUGCUCAAUGAGGCAUACACAUUAUUUUCUGAAGCUUUCGCAUUAUUCCAGCAGGUCACUGGUCCAAUACAUCGGGAGGUCGCAAAUUGUUGCCGUUACUUGGCAAUGGUCUUGUACUAUGCUGGAGAUAUGGCUGGAGCCAUUAUGCAACAACACAGGGAACUUAUCAUAAAUGAACGGUGCCUUGGGCUAGACCACCCCGACACUGCUCACAGCUAUGGAAAUAUGGCUCUGUUUUAUCACGGUUUAAAUCAGAGCGAGCUGGCGUUGCACCACAUGUCACGCGCUCUGCUUCUUCUAAAUCUAUCGUGUGGUCCCGAUCACCCUGAUGUUGCCUCUACUUAUAUAAACGUUGCCAUGAUGUAUCAAGAUAUUAAAAAGAUGGACACUGCACUUAGAUAUUUGCAGGAAGCCUUGAAAAAAAAUGAAAAACUGUUAGGGGCAGAGCAUAUUCAAACUGCAGUGUGCUAUCAUGCUUUGGCUAUCGCUUUCAACUGUAUGGGUGCUUACAAGCUAUCUUACCAGCACGAGAAAAGAACAUAUGAUAUUUACGUGAAACAACUGGGUGAGCACGAUUCAAGGACAAAGGAAUCUCAGAACUGGAUGCAGGCGUUUAAGAUCAAAGAGAAUAAUGCACAAAAGCAGAAAGGUGAGAUCUUGAAAGCUGUUUCCGCACAAAAGGCUUUUGAGGAGAUACUUAAGGCAAAUCCUGACCUGUUACAAGCAAUUGAAGCGGCCGCUGUUUCCAACAAGACAAGCAGUUCAAAAUCUUCGGCACUGAAAGCAUAUUCUGAUAACAGCAUCGGCGAAUCUCGUGCAUGGGCUGCUGGAAUGGUCCAGAAAAAGGGGAACGCAAAGGGUCUCUUGAACCUACCGACAAGCAUCUCCGCAGUUAACGAAAUGGCGUACAUCGUACACUCGGAGGUGGCCGACAAUCGGGCAGUGAAGAAGGAAACUGAGUGCAGUGUUUCAAACGGUGUCGAAAAUGGUACUGAAGGGGGUGAGUCGAAAACAGGCCCAGUCGGGCUGGGUCCCGGGUUGGCUUCUUUGGAUUCCAAGAAGCAGAAGGCGAAAGGCAAAGGCAAAUCUUCAUUUUCUUGA